AUGGCUGCACCUCUCACUCACCCUUGUAUCGUUGACGGUUGGUUCAUGGAAAAGUCCACCAUGUGGCCCGGUCAAGCCAUGUCACUCAAGGUCGAAGAGAUCCUUCACGUUGAAAAGUCAAAGUACCAAGACGUUCUCGUUUUCCAAUCUGCCAACUAUGGUAACGUCCUGGUUCUUGACAAUGUUAUUCAAGCCACCGAACGUGAUGAAUUCUCCUACCAAGAGAUGAUCACUCACCUUGCCAUGAACUCUCACCCUUGUCCCAAGAAGGUUCUUGUCAUUGGUGGUGGUGAUGGUGGUGUUCUUCGUGAAGUUGUCAAGCACGAGUGUGUGGAGGAAGCUACCCUUGUUGACAUUGAUGAGGCUGUUCCCCGUGUCUCCAAGAAAUACCUUCCCAACAUGGCCAUUGGCUUUGAACACCCCAAGGUCAAGGUUCACAUUGGUGAUGGUUUUGAGUUCUUGAAGGACAAGGCCAACCAAUACGACGUUAUCAUCACUGAUUCCUCUGAUCCCGAUGGUCCUGCUGAAUCUCUUUUCGGCCCUGAUUUCUUCCAACUCUUGAAGAAUGCCCUUACCGAGAAGGGUGUCUUCUCUACUCAAGGUGAAUGCAUGUGGCUCCAUCUUCCUCUCAUCAGAAAGGUCAAGGAUUUCUGUAAGGAUCUUUAUCCUCAAGUUGAAUAUGCUUACACUUCUAUCCCUACCUAUCCCUCUGGUCAAAUCGGUCACAUUAUGUGCUCUAAGGAUGCUAACGUCAACCUCAGAGAACCUCUUCGCAGGUUCACUCCCGAGCAAGAGGAUAAGCUCUGCCGUUACUACAACUCUGAGGUCCACAAGGCUGCUUUUGUUUUGCCUCAAUUCGCCAAGAAGGCUUUGUACGAGUAA